AUGACGUUGCAGAUAUUGCUGAACCCAUAGUCAAAAAUACGGUAAAAUUAACGAUGGCAAUCGGAGAAGCUGCUACAGCAGCAGUUCCAUUCACAAGAUUUAUGCCCUUAAUUUCCGAAAUUGCAAAUGUACUUAACGAAAUUGUUGAAAUCGUACAAGCCGCUGAGCAUAAUAAACGAACUUGUGAAGCAUUAUUACAACGAGUUCAUGCGGCAGAAUUGGCUGUUUUUGACCUUAGAAUUCCAAGAAAUGAUAAUAAAGACUUCUUUGUUAAUAAUAAUUAUUUGUAUUUACAAAAUUUGGUUAAUGUUAUCACAAAUAUUAAAAAAUUCGCGAAAGAAAUUUCUCAAAUGAAUACUUUGAUGAAACAUCUCAAGGCAAAAAGUGUUGAGAAAACUUUUAAGGAAUUAUGUAAAGAAUUUGAUAAUUGGAUAAACUUAUUGAGUUUUACCAUAUUGGUUAAAGAAAAAAUUCGUGCUGAGGACGAAGCUGAACAAUUAAAAUCUGAUCAAGAUGAUAUAAAUAAAUACCUUAUAGAAAUGGGAGUUGACGUCCAAGAAAUUGGAACUGACGUCAAAGAACUUAAAGGAAAGUUUUCCUCAAUGGUUUUAAAUAUCUAUACAAUGAAUAAUAAGAUGGAAAAAUUAAUUGACGAGCAAAAUAAAAGUUCAAUACGAAAGGAUACCAAUAAUUUUGAAAUUAAUCAAAAGAAAAUUGAUUCCAUUUUCACGGAACGGCAUACAUUAGUAUUCUCAAAUUAUAAAGAAACUCAUGAUCAGCGUAAUAAAGGACGUAUUACUCGAUAUCUUGAUAUUAAAAAUGAGGCUCGAGAAUUUGCAUUUAAGAAUAUCUCUGAUUUAGAAGAUAAAAAUAGCAUACGGAAUCAAGUUACAAUCUUUAAAGAAUUUCAAGAUUGGCCAAACAUCAUAAAAUUUUAUGGACUUGCCUAUGAUGAAAAUAAAUCGUAUUUGGUAACGGAAUGGGCUGAUUUUGGAAAUUUACGCGAAUUUUAUACGGCACAUGAAAGACGAAUUGAUGAAACUUUAAAGUUACGUAUAUCUCUUGAUAUUGCUCGUGGAUUAAAUUUUCUAAGAUCUGUAGGGAUUGUUCAUCGUGACAUCAGAUCAAAGAGUAUAUUAAUUACGGUUAAUGAUACAGCAAAACUUGCAAAUUUUAAAUUAAGCCGCCACGCGAGCGGACCCACAACAAACCAAAAGGAAAAUAUAGAACGUGUUCGUUAUUGUGCUCCUGAAUUGUUAGAUAGGGCUCCAAAUUUCAAAUAUGAUCAUAAGUGUGAAGUUUAUAGCUUUGGAAUCUUACUUUGGGAAAUCGCUGAAAUGAAACUUCCGUAUCAAGAACAUGAUGAUAUUUUGAAUAUAACCGAACUU